AUGGCGGAUGUGGAAUAUGAGCAAGAUGCGCAGAUUGUCGCAGCGUCAAUUGGCUUUCUUCGUAUGUAUGCUACAGAGAGCGAUCACCCUAGGUAUCUUCACUCGAUGCUGGGACUCGAAAACCCAGCGAACUGUGUUCCCGAAGCCCGCUCGCAAAUUCAGCCCAAGCGCAUAUUUGUCCAUGUCCGCAACACAUACCAUCUCGCCCAUACCGCCCUCACACCAGCCUUUCCUACAGCCACGCUCUCCAAAGCUCUCUGUACAACACAAUGUCCUAGUCUUCGCAAGCGUCUUAGCGGUGCUCCACUGGAGACCGUUCAAGGUCUUCACAGCUCUUCGCCGAAACGCGUCUGGGCCCCAUCCCGGUCGAAAACAUUGCGACUUGAUCAUUGCAGCACGUUAUUCCAGGCUCCGACGAGAUAUACAUUGAUGACCUCAACCAGACAGCCCUGUGUUCUAGCGGACCCGUACUACAGCCAAUCCAGGCCUGUCUCCGCCAUAUUCUGGCUACCGGCCCCCCACCUCCUACGCUUUCCUUUCCCGCUACGAGCUUCCGCUCCUCCGAUACGCCGAGUCGAGCUGCUCCUUCCUGACCCGGAAAUUUAA